AUGGCAGCUAUUCAGGAGAUCCUCUACUCAAUUGUCCUUCGUUAUGGAGGACCAGGUGGCGCUAUUGCUGUUAUCAAAGUUAGUGAGCUUGUCGCACAACGAGUUUGGGGACACGCAGAUAUGGACAAGCGCAUUGCGAUGACGUCGGAGAUUCAAAUGUCGAUUUGCUCUAUCUCUAAGCAGUUUAUAUGUGCAUUGCUGUUGGAUCUAAAGCGCAAUCCAACUGCAGCUAUGGCUGCCAAGGGGAAUAUUGAAGAUCAGUUCCUAGAGAAAUUCAACGCGUUACUGAACCCAGCUCUCACCAAGGACACGGGAUUGACUCUUAAAAAUAUAUGUGACACGCAGUCCGCCCUGCGUGACUACUGA